AUGGCUAACAACAUGUUAAAUCCACUAAACCCAUCCAUAAAUCUCAUACCCAAACUCGAAGACACCAACUUUUUUGAAUGGAAAAAGACAAUCACUGGCCACCUUACCGCGAUGGGAAAACUCAAGUUCAUCGACCAAGAAGUUGCUAGACCAGAAGACAAAAACGAAGUGGACAUCUUUGUGCAAGAACGAGCUCAAGUCCUUCAAGCAAUCUGUUUGACUGUCAACAAGGAAAACCAAUCCGCUAUCAUUCAUUUUGAUGAUCCAUACUGGGCUUUCAAGGCACUCAAAGAAAAGUACGGAAGUAACAAUGUGUUCAUGAUUGCAAGCACAAUUGCCGACAUUGUGCACCUACGUUUUGAGGACACGGCUUCACUCGACGACUAUGUUGCCCAAAGCCCUUCACAACAAACUCAACGACAUGACUCAAGGUAA